CAGUACUUACCCAAGUCAAAAAUAAUAUGUAUAUACAUAUAUUUAGUUACAUGUUUAAAUGUUACAUGCCAAAGUAUCAUACAAUAAAUUAUCACUUACUCAACCAUCGCAAUGUUUGAAAACUAUAUGAAUAAUAAAAUUUUCUAAAAUAAAAAGAUGCAGAUGAAUUAAUAAUUGUAUUUAAUGGAAGACAGUAUCCUGAAGCGACUACUUUGAAACAGAGAGAAUGAGAGGAAAAGAGUAAGAUAGGAGCAAUCUGAUAGAACACAGAUGUUCUUUGUACUCGUAUAGUUUUUUUUUAGACAUUUUUAUACUCAGUUCACUUAUACGGUUCUCAUCAUCAACAUUGCAACAUGUAUUCAAUUAGUUUAACAUUUAUGUCUGUGUUUAUAAUUACUGCGGCAGUUAAUUAUUCAAGUGAUUAUAAUAAAAAUACUGAUGAUAAUUCAAAUCAGUGUCCUAGAGCUGAAUUUAUUGCCGGGCAGCUUGGUGUUGUUAACGUACUUGCGUUUUUAGACGCGACUCAGCCAUCAAGUUAUCGCCAAGCAGUUAUGUUAAAAAUAUUAAAAGAUCGUCUUCACCGUUCGGGUUUACCGGAAGCACUUUUUUUUGUGAUUAUAAAUAAUUCAACUGAUAAAUCCUCGGAAAAAAUAGUAGAAUCGGAUAACAGAUCAAUAGAUUCUUUAAAAAGUAUAAUAGCUCCAGAUAUUUUUAUAAUUGAAGACAACGAGGAAUUGAGAAUUUGGCAGAAUUUUAAUGGCUCGAAGGACCAAGUUAUUGUUAUCGAUCGUUGUGGUUAUCUAGCCUAUCAAAUUAUAGUUCCGUGGAGUAUCCUUCAUUUUCCUUAUGUCAAAGCCGCCAUUUUGUCAACGCAUAAAGAUGAUCCUUGUGGUUCUUGUGAUACUUAUGCAACAGUUAUUGAAUUAGAUGAAACUGAAGCCUCAACAAAGGAUUUAGAUUCAACUAUUUCAGAAAUUACUGAAUCUAUAGUAGACUUCACUAUUCCUGAAGGAAUUCCUGUUGAUAAAACGGAAAAUUUGGAUGUUACUGAAGAUAAAUUAACUAUAAGUAAUGAUUUAGAAAGGGUAGAUGAAUCAGAAAAUUUUUUUUCAGAUGGUAAAAAAUUAAAAGUUGAUUUACGAAUAAUUAUGCAUGCACCUCAUUAUCAUAUGAAUGGAGAUGCAACUAAAAAACAUGAGUAUUUAGUACAGGAGUAUUCUAAACCAAAUUAUCAUGGACAUCUAGAUGUCCCGGAGUCAAAUAAAGACGAUCGAAGUACUAAAUUAGGAGAUGAUUUAACUUUGUCUAAUAGUAUUGUUUUUGAACGUGAUGAAGGCCCGGGAUUCUUUGGUGAAAUUGCUGAUUAUUGGCAUGAUGUAGAAAUUAAUAAUCCUCAGACAGUGGACGUGAAUGCAGAUGAAGAUGAUGAAAGUAGUGAGAGAUCAAAAAUUGACCAGGAUAUUACAACAGAAAUUAGUGCGGAAAUUACAGAAAAUACGGAAGGAGAAAUUACUGACGAAGAAGAAAUAAGGAACAAAUUGAUUGCACACUACAGUAAAUUAUUACCGUGGAUUUAUUACGUACUUGAGAAAUAGUUAAAUUUUCUUAUUUAAUAAAAAAAAAGAAAUAAUGGGGGAGAGACUGAAUGUAAUAUUUUUAGAUUGCGAACUAAAGGGUUUUUGUGAAAAGAAAUUGUCCAGUAUAUUUUUUAUGACAAAAUAUAUAUAAGAUUGGGGUGCAUAAUAAAUUGACAAUUAUUAUCUUACAGACAUCGCGUGACGCAAUAGGCUUCAAUAUUGAGAGAAAAAUAUUUAUAUUUCUCUUUUAAUAAUUUUAUAUUUGUGGAAAUAUGAACCAGUCAAUAUAUAUUUAAUAUGCACAUUCUCUGUUUCUAGGAAUGAAUUUUUUUUUAGCGGACAAGAGAUGCGGUGCAGGUGAAUGAACGGGAUGCGUUGAAUAAAUGAUUGUAUUUAUGGAUUUUUCUCAUAUAUUUUAAUAUAAAUUUAGUAAGAUUAAAUACAAAAUUUUCAAACUAAAAUUUUGAAUUGACAAAUUUAAAAUUUCAAGAAAAAUUUUUUUUAAUUAAAUAACAAAUAUUAUUAAUUAAUAGCUGCUUGUGAAAAAUAAA